CAGCUUCUCACACCACCAGAAUCAACAACAUCGAAAACACAGUUUAAUUCGCCCAACAACGUCUGCUGUUUACAAACCUGUGACUGCUAUCCAAUCAUCAAGCCUCAGUCAUCCUCAAGCUUCUCCAACUGCUUUAAUUCUCACUUUGCUUCCCAUCCAAACCUUACUCCAAUUCAACACCGUCAAGAUGAGUGCAAUUCGGGACACCGCGGACAACGAGCCCAUCAACGCGCUCGUCAUUCUCUAUGAUGGCAUGAGUCUUCUCGAUUUUGCUGGUCCUGUUCAGGUCUUUACCAAUGCCCAACAUGACAUCAAUAACCCAGACACCAAAGCAUUCGAACUCACCUUCACCGCCCCUGACCAACGAAUCAUGACUCACCAAGGCAUUCAACUCAGUGCUCAAAUUCCCCUUAAGGAGGCGAAAGACAACUUGGAGGACUACGACGUUCUCAUCGUCCCCGGAAGCCCGGAUGUUACCAAAGUCAUCAAGGCCGGAGGAAUUCCUCUCCCUCUCGUCAAGGCGUUUGCCGAUCUGCAAACAGCCAAUCCGGCUCGCGAAAGAACCCUUCUCGCCAUUGACACUGCUGCAUUGUAUCUUGCCAACCAAGGUCUCCUGCAAGGUCUUGGAGCCACCACUCACUCCGACUACUACAUCAAACUCGAGCACGCUUGUCAAGAAGCUGCAGCAAAUGAUACACAAGAGCGUACCGACGUUAUGGAAGAGCGUUACGUGGUCAACAAUGCCCGUUUCGACAUUGGCGAGGACCUAGAGGAGAAUCCCUAUGUUUACAGCAAGUCCCGCACAAAGUCCAGUGCUCGCAAGGGUAGUUUGGCCCGCAAGGAGAGCAACGCCAAGCCUGAGAAUCUCACUCGCCGCAAGAGCAUGAAGCUUGGUGGAUUGCGAGUCAUCACUAGCAGUGGUGCCGUCAGCGGUCUUGAUGCCAGCUUGUAUCUUGUCUCCGCUCUUGUUAGUCACGAAUGUGCCCAAGAAGUCGCAAGGCUCUUGUCCUAUGAAUGGGUCAAGGGCGUCGUUGUCGAUGCAAUUGAUGUCUAGACAUCUCGUAGAAGGGUACAUUCCGUCCGGAAAGGUAUCAACAUGUAAACCAGAAUAGCUGGGUCACAGUGCAUGAUGACUUGGAAGACCAUCACAAAGGAAAUUAGGACCAUGAAGAAAUGAAAUUACCAUACUCCUCGGCA